AUGUGGUAUCUGAAUCCACCAGCAGUUGUGAGAGAUGUUUUGAUCCUUGGACAAGCCAUCGAUGACAGCUGCGACUUGGAUACUCCUAAGGGGGUUGUCCCAGCCUUUCAUGCGCGGACUGGAGAGUUCAUGUGGAAGUUCGUGAUUGUACCCACGGACCCAAACGACCCAGCUAUGAAAACGUACAGCAAUGGCACAGAAAAUGUGGGCGCUGGUAACGCAUGGGCUCCCUUAAGUGGCGAUAACGAACUCGGCCUGGUUUACCUUCCAACAAGUUCCGCUAAUAUUGAUCACAUGGGAACACAUAGAAUCGGUGACAACCACUACUGCAAUUCACUUGUUGCUUUGAAUGUCAGCAAUGGGGAAAUCGUCUGGUUCAGGCAAUUUGUGCACCAUGAUGUGUUUGACUACGACAUAAACAACCAACCAAUAGUUGGUGAAAUAACACGCGAUGGCAAGAGACGGAAAGUUAUUAUCCAGGGUACUAAAAUGGGAUUCAUAUUUGUGUUAGACGCCACAAACGGUGAACCUGUAUUUGGCAUAAAAGAACAACCAGUUCCUUCAUUCUCAGAGGUACCAGGGGAGAUCCUGAGUCCAACACAACCUUUCCCUAUUGAUGAUUUCCUGAGAUUGGCAAAGACCUCAAUUGACUUGCGACCAGGCAAAGAUUUAUGGGGAAGAACGAGUGACCAAGAGCAAACUUGUGUUGACUUUAUAAACAGUUCUGGGGUUGAUCCCAUUGGAGAGAUAUAUUCAUCCGCAAGAAUAAGUAAGCCUUCACUAUGGAUACCCGGAGUAGCAGGUGGUAUGAAUCUAGGAGGCAGCGUUGCCCUGAACACUGAUAGAAGUAUUGUCGUGGCAGCAACACAAACAUUUGCUUAUCUUUAUCAGUUGCUACCCAAAAAUUCGUCAUCGGUGCCGUCAUGGUGUCAAGCAUUCAAGUACAAAGACAGUGUCGGUGUUCCCUUUGCGGAUUGUUACGGUGUUCUAAAACUCAAGGAGAGGUGUUACGAACCACCAUGGGGCGAGUUGCACGCUGUGGAUCUGACAAAUGGCCGUAAACUUUGGAGCGUUCCGCACGGCACAACUUCCAACUUUCCAGAAUCCACAGAAGACGACGGAUCAAGUUGGUACUCUGGCGGCAUUCUAGUUACCGCAGGAGGGAUCGUAAUAGCUGGUAAUACGGACGAUCGACACCUUCGGGUGUUUAAUAUUGACACCGGCGAGCUGCUCUACAAAUCACCAGAUCCAAUGGCAGGAAUGGGUGCGGGAAACCCCAUAACUUACAGAAUUGAUGGGAAGCAGUAUAUUGUUCUCACUGCAGGCGGAAACAAUUUCUUCGGAAUGUUCCCUUAUCUAAGUGACCAUGUUUAUGCGUUCACAUUGCCGUGAUUUAAAAUUCAAGUUGCAGUUAACGCAAGAUGAAUUGCAUCACAACAUUGCGUAUUGAAAUAAUGCCCUCCUUAUAAUUGUUAGUGUAAUAUAUUGACACAAUAAAUAAUUUAGAUUGAAACAAUCGUCAUAUACAGUACCUUUCCGCAAUUUAUUAUUCCUAUUUUUAGAUAUGAUUUGUAUCAUCCAUAAACGAACAAUUAGUAAUUAUCGACUAUAUUGUCUUAAAAGUGUUUAUGAUACCUUUAUAGAGUUAACAAAUAUAUGUAUUCUGAUAUACCUAACCAAAGUACCGUAAUCGCCAUCUCCCACCCUCUUAUAAGCGCCCAUCCCGCUUCACAGCGUUCAAGAAAUUAAUAUUUU